AUGGCUGAGAAAGAGUGUCAUGUCAAUCCUGAGCUACUCAACUUCGGCCAAGACCCGACUCCACGGCGAGAGCUCCGUUCCGAGUACCUCGCCGUCCGGAGCUUCACCAGUGAGAAAAAAGACGAUUUAGUGAGCCCGGAUUCGAAGAAGUUUGAUGUGAUCAUUGACUACAUUGACAAAUUGCACGAGCAAGUUCAGCUUCCGCGGGAACAAGUAGCUGAUGCGCAAGCACUUUUGGAAAUAAGUAAAACCGUGGUGGCUUCUGUUAUGUCACAUUCUAACGGGGAAACUGAUGGGUCAAAUUUCCCUUCUUAUUUGGAGGAGGAUUUUAUUCUUCCGCAUAAUCCAACAGAAACUACCCCAACCGAUUUCAUUACCGGUUUGAUUACACAUUUCGGGCAAGUUAAGUCAUCAGUGAACAAAGAUGAGGCCAAUGUGUCGCUUAAAUGGAAAGACAUUGGAAUUUUUGUUUCACCAAUACUCAAGAGGGCUCUUGGAUGUUGCACAAUGCUUGGACCCAUGAAUGCUGUGAUCAAGCAAAAGAAGGCUGCUGUCUGUCGAACAAAGCCUACCACAGCUCAUCUGCCCAAGGAGAUCAAUAAUGAAGGAGGCGAAAGAACUGAUACAGACUUGAACAUGGCAACAAUGUUUGAGAUUUUAAAGAACAAGAAGAAAGUUGAUCUUAAUUGUUUGAUACUGAAUAGAAGGUCUUUUGCACAGACAGUGGAGAAUCUUUUUGCUCUGUCAUUUCUAGCGAAAGAUGGCAGAGUUAGAAUUGCUGUCCAAGUAAAUGGUUCUCAUAUUGUUUCACCUACGAAUGGUCCUGUUGCCAAUGAAGUGGCCUAUCACCAUUUUGUGUUUCGAUUUGAUUUCAAGGAAUGGAAGAUCAUGAUAGAAAUGGUGGCUGUUGGUGAAGAGCUCAUGCCUCAUAGAAACCACACAAAGUGCACACCUGCCUCGGGUGACAAACCAGCAGCUUUCAAUUCCCAAACAGACACCCCACACACAAUCCAGACUCGAAAACAUACCAGAAACGAUGGCCUGGUUGUACAGGAUAAAUCUACUGCAGAAGAAUUCUUGGAAAAUGAUGAUGCUGCUGGAGCUACAGCACUACGCAGGUGUAAGCGCAAGCUUUUGUUUAAUUCAUGUGUUUUGGGAAUCUAUAUUCCUGGUGAUAUUUUGAAAUGA